AGAUGCUCCUGGUGCCAAGAGAUUGAAAAGGAAGGAGAGAUGGGAGGGGGGGCAAGCAAAGGCCAUGCUUCUAGCGUUGCCAUCAAGGAAUCGUUCGAGCGAUCCUCGAAGCUCGAGCAGGAGGUGCAGCGCUUAGAGCAAGAGAAGCAAGAGCUGGAGCAGCAGCUGAAUGAGAAGAACUCCGACAUCGAGCAGCUCGGGGAGCUCAACAGGAACCUGGAGAGAGAGAAGGAAAACUUGGCCAAUGAGACGCAGAACUCGAUGGAGGAUCAGAAGUCAGCGGAGAAGAGCAUCUCAGAGUUGAAGAAGGAGAUGGAGGCGAUGCGGGCGCAGUUCUUCCGUCUUGAGGCGGAGCUGCGGGACACGAAAGGAGAGCUCAACAUUGAAAAGGAAGAGCACGGACACUCUCGUACUGAGAUCGAGCGCGUCGGUAAAAUGCUCACAGAAGCGAUCUCGGAGAAAGAACAAGUAGAGAACAAGAUGAAGUCUAUCCAGGAGGAGAAGGAUGAAAUCGAAGGAUUGUUGAGAGCUGCAAAGGAGUCCUCCGACUUAUACAAAGAUUUGUCAAGCAAGCUGAUGCAGAAGAAGGCUUCGUCAGAAGAGGGCAAAAGGAAAGGACACUUCAUCCUCAAUCAAGGAAGAAAGCAAAGAUGUUUCAACUUACAAAAAGGUCGUCGAGAAAGUUGAUGUCGACAAUCUUGCCAUGGUCAAGCCCA